UUUUAAGUCCAGGACAUAUCACAAACCCAGAAUACAAAUUAAUGGAUUUAGGUUUACGAAAGAACGCCUCUUCAUUUUCUCACCUAAUUAGGGAUUUUUCACAUACAACAGAACAGAUUCAAUACUGGACAUUUCACCGAUUCAUGAUAUGGCUUUGAACGGGUCCUCUAUUACUUGUGGACAAUUUGAGAAUGCGUCAACCUGCGUUUUUCCAGCCACUACCUCUCCAACCAACACUAGCGGUACAUAUGAGAAUAGUACUGUUAUUGAUCAUAAUGAAACGCUUAGUCGCGCUUACGCCGAAAAGCUCACGCCUACUGGAUAUCUCAUACAAGGGAUAUACACCACAUUCGUUGGUAUCAUUGCCACCUCGGGCAAUGGAAUUGUUAUUACAACAAUCGUGAAGAGCAAACCUUUGAGAAGAAAGCCCCAAGUGUUACUACUGCUCAACCUUGCCAUCAGCGACUUGCUCAUCUUUUUCUUCGGUUAUCCAUUCUCUGCUGCAUCUGGGUACGCAGGUAAAUGGUUGACGGGCUAUGUAGGAUGCCAGAUAUAUGGCUUCAUGUGCUUUUUCUUAUCCAUGAGUAGCAUGAACACACUCGUUCUCAUCAGUUGCUAUAGAUACGUCCACGUCUGCAGGUACAGCCAGGCUUACAGAUUGAAUAAUAAUGUAACACUAAAGGCCAUUAUUGUUGCUUGGAUAUAUGCUUUGCUGGUAACAGUACCUCCGUUGAUGGGAUGGUCUUCGUACACAUAUGAGCAGUUUGGGACGUCGUGCAGCACGAACUGGGGCGGCAAAUUACCUACAGACGUCAGCUAUAACACGUUCAUCAUCUUUACUUGUUUCAUACUGCAUCUGGCUAUUAUGAUUCCGUGCUAUAUAAAGAUUUCUGUAAAGGCUUUCAGUCUGAGUUAUCCUCGGGACCCAGUGACUCUGCCACAGAACACACGACACUUUGCUAGCAGAAUAUUCGCCCAUUUGAGAGUUAAAAAAGAAAUACGUACAUCAUUGGUAUGUGGGUUGAUGGUGGGUACAUUUACUGUGGUAUGGACGCCAUAUGCUGUAUUGUCCGUGGUCCACUUGUUUAUGCACGUACCAGUGGAAUUCAGCACGUUCCCAACCCUCUUCGCAAAAUCGUCCUGUAUGAUGAAUCCGCUCAUAUAUUUUUGCACUAACAGACGUUUCCGUAAUUACGUCCGUCAAGUCCUUUGUCGGUACCUUCUUCGUCGCAUUGAGCCUGACGACACUUUCAAUGCCAAGAACAGAUAUAUUGCAAGCUAUAAUGUGAAAAGCAGCCAUAUGAGCAUAUGCGUAGAUACGUCAUACACCCGUGAUGGAAUCUUCACAGGAAGACGAAAACAUUGUUGGGAAGAUUUUGUCCAAGCGAAAGAGGAAUCCAGUCACCCUUGCAACCCAGUAUUUACCACGUCUGAACAUCCCAUAGCCAGUACAAGCGCUUCUCAGGCUUAUGCCAUUGGCAGACAAAACAAUUGUCAUCUUAUCGAUUUAGAGGAGGCAUCUUCAAUGAACUCACGGAAGUAUUUAAACUCAAUCCAUAAUUCUCUCCAUCAACAUGCUCAUCGAGAAGCAGCUCGUCAUCUCAGCCCAGUGGAUAGGCCGAGUGGCGCUACAAGUUUAUCAGACGUGCAAGUCCAUUCGUCGUCGUCCUUUGUGACAACCAACAUCAAUCACGUAUUUAGUCCGGGAAAACGCGUUCGGUUACCACCGAUCAAGCCUAAGUCGACAAAACAAAAGUUGAUCCCACGUGACAAGUUUGACAUUAUUGAGGACGAUUUUUUCUCGAUAGUUCCUCAUUUCCAGAAAAAGAGAAACGAAGAAGGAGAGCCAGAAGCAAUGUCGACACAUGAUGAUGAAGACACUCAUAAAUCCUCCUUUGCAUUGGAGAAUAAAAAUCCCCCACCAGUCGAAUCGGCUGGAGAUGAAAGUGCUUCUAAGCAAACCGAAACAGCAAUAUGAAAUAGCCUUUUCAAAAGAGUGAGGACAUUUAAUUAGAAAGACCAAGCAACUUAUUUUAUCAAAGAAGAGAGGCUGGUACUCCAUGGGCGUCAGAAAGGGGGUUGCGUUGGGUGCGAACGCACCACCCUCUGAAACUACCCAAAAAUGUUUUUGAUAAGAUUCCUCGGAAACUGUGGGUUCAAAAACUUCAAAAAAAUUACUAGUAUUCUGUAUCAGAAAACAACUAUUUAUGGUCCUUCAAAACGCUCAUAUUCAUUGCACCAAAAAUCGUCUUCAAUGGAUGUACGUAAACCGGGAAUUACAAGUCGAACAAUAUGACGUCACAUCUUGAGAAAAUCUGCGCGCACCUUCCCGUUUGCGGUUUACAUUGUAAAAAGUAGUGUUGCUUAAAGAGAUCGAGUCGUCCAGAUUUCUAUUCUGGACAAUCAGUUAUGUCCCAAUAUAAU